AUGAUGCAUGCUGUGCACGAUCUUAUGUUUGUCUAUCUUCUAACAUGUCUUGGACAAAAUGGGCAUGGAAGUGAAAUCAUAAAUGGCAAAAAUGUCCCACAGAACUCAAUGCAGUAUAUGACCUCUGUGCAGAUCGAUGGAAAACACGUAUGUGGAGGAUUUCUUGUCAGUGAAGACUUUGUGCUCACGGCUGCACAUUGUUACAAAAAUUCUCCUAUGGAGGUUGUAAUUGGAACCCACAAUCUAAAGAAGGUUAAUAACAACAAAAUGAGAUACAGUGUAAAGACAUGCAAGCACCCACGAUAUGACAAAGCUGAGUCUGGUAAUGACAUCAUGCUCCUCAAACUCUCGAGGAAACUUCAACUGGACAAGAAAGUGAAACCGAUACAACUGGCAAGGAAGGAGAUUAAAGCAAAAGACAAUGUAAAGUGUCAGGUGGCUGGAUGGGGUUUCACAGAAACCAAUGGCAAAGCUGUUGAUGUGCUGAAAUGGGUGGAUGUGCCUCUUAUUGACCUUAAUGUCUGUAAGAGAAAAUUGAAAGCCAAAGUUACUCUUCCAAAAGGUGUUAUCUGUGCAGGAGGAUCUGACACAAAGAAUGGAUUCUGCCAGGGUGAUUCUGGUGGCCCUCUGGUGUGCAAUGGAACAGCAGUCGGUGUUGUGUCUUUCAACUUGAAAGGAAACUGUAAAUACCCAAAUUGGCCCAACGUCUAUACAGAUAUAUCAAAGCACCUUUCCUGGAUCAAAAACAUUCUGAAUAAAAAGCAAUGCUAA